AUGGGCGCACACAAGUUAAUCAUUCUAAGACAUGGUGAAUCCCAAUGGAAUCACGAAAACAAGUUCUGUGGAUGGAUCGAUAUACCACUAACUGAAAAGGGCAAAGAAGAAGCAGAAUACGCAGGUGAGCUAAUCAAGCAACACGGGCUAUCCCCUGAUAUCCUCUACACCUCAAAACUAAUACGUUCAAUUGAAACUGGGUUUAUAAUACUCAAAGUAUUAAACAAACCUUGGGUGGAUCAUAUAAAGACUUGGCGUUUAAACGAAAGACAUUAUGGACAAUAUCAAGGUCGUGAUAAGCAUGAAGUCUUUGUUGAAUUGGGUGAAGAUAAAGAGAAAUUUCAAUACAUCAGACGAAAUUACAAUGGCUUACCACCAUUGAUUGAUCCUGAACUGGAUGCUUCAAUCGAUGAAAAAUACAACGAUUUAUUAAACAAGAAUAUCCUACCACGUGGUGAAUCUCUUUCAAUGGUUAUGGAUCGAUUAAUUCCAUUUUUCAAAUAUGAAAUUUUCGAUCAUCAAAUGGUUCAAUUGAAUAAGACAGUGUUGAUUGUAACCCAUGGAUCAGUGGUUCGAAGUUUGAUUAAAUAUUUGAAUAAAGUUAGUGACGAUGAUAUACUGAAGAUUAAUGUCCCCACUGGUAUACCUUUAGUGUUUGAAUUGAAUGACCGAGGUGAUUUGAUUAAACCUUAUUAUUAUUUGGAUAAAGAGAAAGCAGAAAAGGGAAUUGAAAAAGUGAAGAAUGAAGGGUUAAAGAAGGAAUAG